UGCCGGUGUGACCGACAGUUGAAACCGCUCGAGCCCGAGACCAAAGACAACGGAGAGUCCAACAUUCCCCCACAGCGGCGCUUACCGAGCCCCAAGAGACCGUAAAGACGGGGAACACGGACAGACGCGGAUUUUGGGGUCCUGUGUGUUUCGACGACAGACUUCUGCCCGUGUUCUCGUCUUUUAGCCGCUUAGCUCUUAGUCGACUCGCACGUUCACAUUCAGCGGGCUGCCGUAACUCGGAGCUGCCUCAGUUUGAGCCCCCCUCCUCCUCCUCCUCCUGCUCCUCUCCUUAUCCCCGCUUUCCCCCUGAACACGACCGUGGAGACGACUGACAGCCUCCAGCAUGAGAUUACCACGGUAAUGUGGAUUGCAGUACUCUUUGGAGAAAACCUCGGUUUACUGAAGAACAACGGGAACGGGUUCGCCUCCUGGGUUCUCACGUUUCUGGAUAUUUUAAAAACCGUGAGUAACGGCUGAGAGCGCGUCCUGAGAGUGGCGUGUCCUGCCCGCGUGUGCCUUGUGGGGCCAAAAACGAGGAAAAUGGGAUUAUUGCCAGUUUAAGAUCGCUGAUCCAGUUCGGAAGUUUUCCACAUGUCUGUCCCGUUUUCAGAGACGGUUUCCCAUGCUCUUCAAAAAGUUAACCUUUCACCAGAAAGGAUUUUAAACAGACUUUUACGAUUUGCCCUUUCAAUCAUGAACUUUGCUGUCCGCUUGCUGCAGCUGUUUUGCAUAACCCUUCUGUAUUUUUCUGCCGUGAAGAGUGCCUACAUCCCCAAAGAGAGUGGAGGAAGUACACAUGAUGUGGUGUCCUUUACUGAGGUAUACAAUAAGUCAAUGUGUCGGCCGCGGGAGGUGCUAGUUGAGGUCCAGCAGGAGUAUCCAGACGACAUUGAGCACAUCUUCAUUCCAUCCUGUGUGGUUCUAAUGCGCUGUGCUGGCUGUUGCAAUGACGAGAUGCUGGAGUGCACGCCAACAAUUACGUACAAUAUCACCAUGGAGAUACAACGAUUAAAACCUCUGCGUAACAAAGGCAUAUCUUUAAUGAGUUUCACGGAGCAUGCGGAAUGUCAAUGCAGGCUAAAGAAAGACAUUCAGGAAAAGACAGAAAAAAAAGGCAAAGGGAAAGGUCAAAAGAGAAAGCGAAAGAAAAGUCAUGACAAAAAGCGGGACUUUACUCAUUGCAAGCCGUGCUGCAGUACCUGUUCUGAGCGGAGGAAGAGAUUAUUUAUUCAGGACUCGCAAACAUGCCAGUGCUCCUGCAAACACACAGAGGCUGACUGCAAACUAAGGCAACUUGAACUGAAUGAGAGGACAUGCAGAUGCGACCGGCCACGAAGAUAAAAGAAGAUCAGGCUUGGGAUUAUGGGACAAAGGAUCACUCACUAAUAAUUCAUUGCACAGCACUUUGAACCUUUGUCAGCUUUGUUAACUUUGGAAUCUGGAAGCAUUCCUCUGGACUGACUAAGACAGUGAAGAGCAGGUGUGCUUGAGAGAGCUAAUGAAAUCUGUGUUUGUAUAUGUAUAUUUAUAUGUAUACCCUUGUAUAUUUCCACAAAUGUGUAUAUUAAGCAAACAUGAGGACUUAAAAAGUAGAAAUAAUUGCUGCUAAAAAGACUGACGGUAGGGGUCAAAUGGUCAAAUGAUGAGAAAUUUAAUUCUGUUAGCAUGUGACUUGUUUCAUCUAUUCGCUGGAUUUGCAGUUUUGCUUGUUUGGUAAUAUAUCUAUUAACAGACAUCCAAGCAUCCAAUGAAACAUCAAAAGGACACUGGUGGCCUGAUAAAGUAGGCCCCUCUUACAGAUUUCUUUUGUUUUCACCUUUUUGUUAUACAUACUACUACAUUUUUCAGAUUAUCAAACUAACUUUAAAAUUAGACAAAUAUAACCUGAGUAAAUCUAAAA